AUGGGCGUUCAUGGAAACCUCAGUUCAGAGCAACUAGACUUCUUCAAAUCUCAAGGGUACUUGGUGUUGGAAUCCUUCUGCAGCCCAGAAGAGAUACAAUCCAUGAGAAAUAGGAUGGCUGAUUUACUUGAUGAAUUUGACCCUUCAACAACUGCUACAAUAUUUUCAACCAAAACUCAUCAACAUGCGACUAAUGACUACUUUUUUGAAAGUGCUGAGAAGAUUUCAUUUUUCUUUGAAGAGAAAGCAUUUGAUGAUGAAGGUAACUUGAAGCAACCAAAGCAAUUAUCAAUCAACAAAGUUGGGCAUGCUUUGGAUGAGCUCGAUCCUGUAUUUAAGAAGUUCUCUAAGUCAGAUAAGCUGUCCGGUUUAUUACUCUCUUUGGAUUACAAGAGACCCGUUAUUAUCCAGUCCAUGUACAUCUUCAAGCAACCAGGUAUUGGUGGUGAAGUGGUACCACACCAGGAUAACUCAUUUUUGUAUACCCAUCCAUCAACAUGCACGGGACUUUGGCUUGCUUUGGAGGAUGCAACCAUUGAAAAUGGCUGCCUUUGGGCUAUUCCUGGAUCCCACAAAAAUGGGCUUGUGAGGAGAUUUGUUAGAGACGAGAAUGGGAUUCAUUUUGAUAAGCCAUCUCCACACUACGAUCAGAAAGAUUUUGUUUCUGUUGAAGUGAAAGCUGGCUCCUUAGUAGUCAUUCAUGGAGAUCUCAUUCACCAAAGUUUUGAGAAUCGGUCCCCGAAAUCAAGGCAUGCUUAUAGUUUACACGUGGUUGAUACAGAAGGUUGCAAGUGGGCAGAUGACAAUUGGAUAAAGAGGAAAGUCCAACCAGAGCCCGUUUACGGUUGA